UUGACACAGGUGCGUUUUUUACGAAGUGCGAGAGGAAUGCCUGCCGCUCUCGUCGUCGCCGUCGUCGUCGCCGUCGUCGUCGUCGUCGCUGUCCUCGCCGUCGUCGUCGUCGCCGUCCUCGCCGUCCUCACCGUCGUCGUCGUCGUCGUCGUCGUCGUCGUCGUCGCCGCCGCCGUCCUUAUUCGAUGGUCGUCGCUCAAGCUGCCGUCUAGUAGCGCAAAAUCGAAGCUUCGAUUUGAUCCGAGAGCCCGUCAAAUAUUGACUGACGACGAUUACGAGACGACUGCCAUGCUGGACUCUCCUUCUGCUACGUUGGUAUCGACUCCCCCCGAUCCUGUCUCUUCAGCCUUCGGUCUCAUCGUUAAUCUGAAAACUGCAGAGCUCCCUGUGAUGACGGGAUCAGUUUACCUUGCUGUGUACAAGCGCGCGUCCGCGCGAUGUGUAUCUACAGGUAUACUCAGUCCGGAUUAUCUCUCUUAUCACCUGCCUACCAAGAGGGAGAGGUAUGAAACUUUGGGGGUGGAGGACUGUUGUCAUGGUUACAGAGCAUACACCGAGGUAUCCGCUGAUAAGCGAAUCAGCACACGAGCGGCACGCAACUAGACGAAAACUGCGACUCGCGUGCAAAAGUGCACGGGUCAGCAAUACGUCUCGAUUCACCGGCGAAGCCGUGACGAAUAUAAAAUUUGCAGUCCAACAACGAAAGACACCUGAUACCAAGUGCGAUCUGACCCCCGCGAAAUUUGCAAGCUACUUGGGUGAUUUACAUUUACGUAACAUUAGGGCAGGUUAUGAGUCGCAAAGGUCGAGUAUCGAUGAUACUCGAACAGAGAUAUUUUUGACGAUAGCACACGGAUAGAAAUAGAUUUCCAAGCGAAAAUCAAUAAUCGAAAUUUUUCGCGACGCGUAAAACGAAGCUCGAAUUACUUUGGAAUUAUACGACCAAAUACUUUUAUUUGGCAAAAUAUUCCGCAUAGAUUCACUGGCGUAAGCGAGACGCGCGCGUCUUGGAUGGCAAAUAAUCGCGCGAGUGCAUUUUUUUACGGCAAUGCGUAAAUAUGCCUCUAACGGUUCCGAUUGUCUUAGGAUGUGUCGUACAUCUGACACGAGCUCGAGGAUGACACGAGGAUGCGCGUCUUAAGUGCAUCGUAUUAAGCACUAAGUGCGACGGAACGUUCAUCCGAUGCACGACGAGACCGUUUCCCCGUGAAACUGGUUGCGCGCAUCCCGGAUGGUUUGCAACCAGGUGCAACCGGGUACUUUGUAAACCGCUAAAAUACGAGAGAGAGAGAGAGAGAGAGAAAGACAAAACGGUAUUAGACGGGCACGCGCUGCGUGCAAUUACACGCUCGAUGCAGCGAUCCGCGUCCCGCUGCUAAUGCGUUUCGCAAUGUAAACGACCGACCGAUGGCGUGUUAUAUAGACGGAAGGAACCUUCCUCCGCCAACGAGACCAUAAGAGGUCACGCGCGUGGACGAGACAAAAUGUACGCUACAUUCCGCAAAUAUUACGACAUAGAGUCCAAAUUGAUCGUCGCGAAUCUAGAAAACAUUGGUGCGAAGAAAUGCAGUCCUCUUUAUUAUUGUUUUUAAUUCCGCUGACGAUUCCACGUCAUUCUCCAUCAUGCGGUAAGAUGUUUACGACAAGAGCGAUUUUUGUUUCUUUCAUUGCUACUUGCACGACGAGGAGGGCGAGGAGGCGAGGAGGGCGAGGAGGGCGUUUUCCGCGGCCUCUACGCCGCAUAGUUUGCGCUUGGCAGGCACGCGUGACGAUGGCCCAACGUUGAGGAAAGUAACGCUUAAUGACGUAACGUCACCCUAACAGGAAUCGAGAGUGACUUUACGGGCGACUUAUGGCUGGCGCGGGCGUACGUGUGCGCGCACGCAUAGAAUAUGCGUGCGUAACGGCUGCACGGGGGGGACGGGGAGCCGUCAAUAGCGGAUCUCGGAUUUCUUCCGAGAACCUUCGCCGCAUACUUUUUAUUUAAUAUUGCCGCCGCCGCCCGCCUAAUCUCGAUCUCGAGCGCUUCCUCUCCCGCAUGAUGUAACAAUCGCGACGAUUAUUUAGACAAUCGGAGAUCGACUCGGAGAGAGAGAGAGAGAGAGAGAGAGAGAGAGAGAGAGAGGAGAGAGAGAGAGAGCGCUUUCCUCGAUAGAAUAAAGAAAAUCCUCGAUAAAAUACACGCGGAUAAAGCUGCUAAUGUUGACGUUUUCGCGGAAUUUUAUUUAUUCAACUUUUCGAUUAUUGUCCCUAGGAAUCGGCUCACCGGAAUCGCGACAAGUUUAUUUAAUAAACAAGAGAUAAAAAUGCGCAGUAGAUAUAAUACGCCAUUUGUAUUUGCCACCGGAGAAAGACGUAGGGUCCCUCACGGUCGAGGAGUGCGAAUUUCGCGAAAUCCAAUAUAGCGAGUUUAAUGUCGACGGGGUUAUAGCCCUGCUGCCGUAGGACUAUCUGAAUCCACCGAGCUGAUAAGACGCUUCUCACGAUGGCCUGCGAAGGAGCAGGGGGAAGAACGUUGCGGGUAAAGCGGAGCGCGAGAAAUCUACGAGACGAGGGUAAACGCAUCGGCAUCAAGGGUGAAAGAUACGUGCGCGUUUGUUCGGGACAGAUAUCGACGCGGAAGUCGAUACGAUCUGAAUCACGAUAAAAAUCGAAAAGCUGAAUUUUCAAGUCAGCGGACAUUGAAUGGAGAACGCGAAAAAUUCUUUUCCGAAAUUCCUUUCUUUAUUUUUAGGCACGAUAAAAGAAAAUAAAUCUCGAUAUAAUUACGUUGAUUAUUCGCAUCGUUAAAAAUUUUAAUCAGAGAGACGCUCCGCCUCGGUAUCGAAACAAUUCUCUCUCUCUCUCUCUCGCAAAUAACUUUGCUUCGACA